AUGGAGAGGAGACGAGAAGUCGCGGAGCCGCAGGGAGAUGGGCUGCAGUUGGAGUAUGAGAUGGUCCUCACCAAUGGCAAGUCCUUCUGGACACGGCAUUUCUCGGCUGAUGAGUUUGGGAUCCUGGAGACAGAUGUGACUUUCCUCCUCAUCUUCCUCCUCAUCUUUUUCCUCUCCUGUUACUUUGGAUAUUUACUGAAAGGUCGUCAGUUGCUCCACACAACUUACAAAAUGUUCAUGGCUGCAGCAGGAGUGGAGGUCCUGAGCCUCCUGUUUUUCUGCAUCUACUGGGGCCAGUAUGCCACUGAUGGCAUUGGCAACGAGAGUCUGAAGAUCUUGGCCAAGUUGCUCUUCUCCUCCAGCUUCCUCAUCUUCCUGCUGAUGCUCAUCCUUCUGGGGAAGGGAUUCACAGUGACACGGGGCCGAAUCAGCCACUCGGGCUCCGUGAAGUUGUCUGUCUACAUGACCCUGUACACUCUCACCCACGUGGUGCUGCUCAUUUACGAGGCUGAGUUCUUUGACCCAGGCCAGGUACUAUACACGUACGAGUCGCCGGCGGGCUAUGGGCUCAUUGGGCUGCAGGUGGCGGCUUACGUGUGGUUCUGCUAUGCUGUGCUCAUCUCCUUGCGUCACUUCCCGGAGAAGCAGCCCUUUUACGUGCCCUUCUUUGCUGCCUACACCCUCUGGUUCUUUGCCGUUCCUGUUAUGGCCCUGAUCGCCAACUUCGGGAUCCCCAAGUGGGCCCGGGAGAAGAUUGUCAAUGGCAUUCAGCUGGGGAUCCAUUUGUAUGCCCAUGGCGUGUUCCUGGUGAGGAAGGGCAUCCAGGUGGGGGUGGGAGCCUGA